AUGCCUUCACCUGUCAUUCCAAAGAAGCUUGAGCCCGGCGCAACCAUUGCGUUUGUCUCUCCGUCAGCCCGGCUAAACGACGAGAUGUCUGCCGUGAUGAUGCGCGCCACUGCCGUGCUUUCAGGGCGAGGCUAUCGUGUCCGCGAGCUCUUCACGCCCGACACGGGGAUCCAGUCCUCGAUCGCCCUCCGGCUGGCAGAGCUGCGCACUGCCUUCUCCGACCCAGCCGUCGCUGCCAUUAUCUGCACCAUUGGCGGACCAAGCUUCAACGAGCUGCUGCCCGCCCUCAUUGCCGAUACCGAGCUGCAGCGGACCAUUCGCGCCCAUCCCAAAAUCGUCGUCGGGUAUUCCGACAUCACGGGACUGCACUGGUUCCUACACGCACUCACGGGACUCCGUACGUUCUAUGGACCCGGUGCCAUCCCUGAGCUGGGUGAGGCAAGCUCAGCCGACGACGACGCCUCGCCGCUGGCAUUCUGCAUCAAGCACCUUUUCCGUGCCAUCACCGAGAGCCGACCCCUUGGCGAUAUCCCGCGGUCGCUCACGUACGCUCCCAAGGGCGAUCCCAGCUGGCGGGAUCCAGCAUCGUCCAUGCCGCCCGGACUCGCACCCACCACCGGCUGGAGCUGGCUCCGUGCUGGAAAGGGACAGGGCCGGCUCUUUGGCGGAUGCAUCACCGUCAUGGCCCGCCUCGGAGGCGUGUGCGCUGUCGUGCCGGACUGGCGCGGACGCAUCGUCUUUAUGGAAACACAGAUGGGCGAUGACGAGACGUCAGGUAUUCUGCUGCACCGAGUCCGCGCCGGGAUUGCCGAUCUCAUUGCGCAGGGCGUGUUCGACGAGGCAAAAGGCUUGGUUGUGGGACGGCCCUUUGGAUACGACACUGAACAGUUGCGGAAGGCUUAUGCAGGUGUAAUCAAGGGACUUUUGUGCGAGGGCCGGCUGGCCGAGAAGAAGUUCCCGAUUCUGUUCAAUGUCGAUUUUGGCCACACGAAGCCGAUGGUCACAUUGCCGUAUGAUGUUCUGGCUGAAUUGGAUUCGGAUAAAGACAGGUUUGCGAUUUUGGAACCAGCCGUCAUUUGA